AUGAUCACUACUAAUGGUAUGUUUAUCUUAGAUGAUAUUGAAGGUAAAGUAACCUACAAUGGUAUUCCAGGAGGUGGCGGAACGUACGCUGUCUUAGGAGCUGCUAUAUGUACACCAAGCGCUCACGUUAGAUCACAAGUUUUGUGGAUUGUCGAUGGAGGACAUGACUUUCCCGAUUCUAUCAGGCAAACAUUUGAUCAAUGGGGUGUCACUACGAAAUAUCGGAUCGAUUCUAACAGGGAGACUAUAAGAGGCCUCAAUUACUAUCCAAACUUGGAGGCCGAGGGCAAGGAUAGAGAUUUACGGCUCUUCAAAUUUUUGACGCCCAAAAUACAAAUCAAUGUUGAAGACUGGGUAGGCACAUUUGGAGAAGAUAAAGUACGAGAGGACAUAAACUGCUUCCACCUGGUAUGUUCAGCAGAACGGUGUUUAGCUAUAAUUAAUGAUCUGAAAGUAAUCAAAUCGAAUCCCAACAUGGGAUACACAAUAGUAUGGGAACCACUUCCUAGUCUGUGCGACAACGAUCAUAUUGAAGAUUUUAAGAAGGUGUUUCAAUCAGAAAUACCCAUUAUAUUCUCUCCCAACGCGGAAGAGGCUAGCCGGCUACUUACGAAUAAUUCAGAAGAGCCUUCAACUCUAGAGCAAUGUACCGAGCUGUUGAACUCAAUUUAUCAAUUAGCUGAUGGUAACCAGGUCAUAAUCCGAUGUGGUAAACUAGGAUCAGUUACCAGGUCACCGAUUGACGGUAAAUUACUCCAUUACCCAGCAUAUCAUAGUAAAACACCAGAUAAAGUAAUUGAUCCUACAGGUGGUGGCAAUACAUAUUUAGGCGGUUUUGCUCAAAUUUAUGAAACGACUAAGGACUAUCAUAUUGCAAAUAUUUGUGCUAAUGUCGCAGCUAGUUUUGCAAUUGAGCAAGUAGGUAUCCCUGAGUAUAAGAAGAAUGAAAACACUUGGAAUGGUACUACUUUUGUAGAUAGACUCACGUCCUAUCUACAAGGCAAUGAUUACAAAGCUACAAUAGAAGAGAUCAUACGUAAAAUUGAGAAGUAA